CUGAGGCAGGGCUCUAUCCCAGGAUCUGGGAUCAUGAUUUGAGCCCAAGGCAGACGCUUAACCAGGCACUCCCAGAGCAGCAUUUAGAAUUGAACAGACCAAAACUAAAAAGAAACUAGUAAUAGUCUAAAUGCCCAACCACAAAAUGAUAAAUAAGAUUAUGUAAGUAUGUGGAAAAUUGUAAAUAAAAGAGUGAGGAUACAAGAAGUACACUAUAAAAAUAGGAUGAACAUAUAGAUUAUAACUGAGUGAAAAUUAUGAAUCCAUAACCACUGAAAUUUGAAAAAGGGACACAGAAAUGUAAAUGGUUGUUGUAUUAAGGUGGGGGUUGUUUCCCCCGCCAUAUCCUUUAUACAUUAAUAAUUAUACUCCAUCCCACCGAAAAAGAUCAGUAAGGCCUCCCUACUUGUACUUGAUUAUUUAUAAAUACAAGAGAUGGAGUGGGAGUCUUUUUGUUUGUUGCUCACUGUUUAUAUCUGUGCCAACUUUCUUUCAGCUGAAGCCUGGUACUCUGCCAUCCUUCUAAAAUUUCUUUGCAGUUUCAAAUGCAAGAACCACUUGGCAACAACAGCAGGGCCUUGGACCUAGAGCUUUCCCAAGGGAGUUGGCUCUAAAUAAAUAUUUCAUGCCACAUACAGAGUUACUUCUGUUCCUCUUGGGUGAUGACUUACCCUGAAGUCAAGAGAGGUGGCAUAUUGACAAAAGGCAAAGAAAGGGUGAUAAUGAUUUAGGGGAAGCUCAGAUCAGAUCAGUAGUGAUGGUCUCUGUUCUGAUAGAUAGUAGUUUCCCCUUAUCGGCAGUUUUGCUUUCCAUGGUUACUCUUACCUGCAGUCAACUGGGGCCUAGAAGCAGAUGAUCCUCUUUCUGAUGGCAGAAGGUCAGUGGUAGCCUAAUGUCACAUCACAGUGUCUAGGUCAUUCACCUCACUUCAUCUCAUCACGGAAGCAUUUUAUCAUCUCACAUCAUCACAAGAAGGGAGGGAAGAUGACUGCAGGCUCAGUGUGUGUCCCUCAGAUCAUACCAUUGCGAGUGCCUCCCCCCGGAAGAACCAACCAUGAAAUUGAUAAUAAUACACUUUUGGAAAUGAAAUCUGACACUCCCGAUGUCAACAUAUAUUAUACCCUGGAUGGCAGCAAACCUGAAUUUCUAAAGAGAAUUGGUUAUGGUGAAAAUAAUACAUAUAAGUACACGAAGCCUAUUACUCUGCCUGAUGGAAAAAUACAAGUUAAAGCUGUUGCAGUUUCUAAGGACUGCAGACAGAGUGGCAUUGUAACAAAGGUGUUUCAGGUGGGCUGCGAACCAGUGAAUACAGUCUCUUCAGAAAACCAUGUCGGAAAUGUCCUCAAAGAUUCUUUCAAGCAAGAAUUGAAAAAUGGAUUUGUUGAAUCAAAACUAUGGAAGAAAUACAAGAAUGCUGAAAAUAAACAGGAUUGGAAUCUUAACCUUAGAAAGUCUGCAGAUCUUGAAGGAGGUGAAAGAACGGACUCUAAAACAUGGAAGGACCUUCGUUUCUCAGAGAGUCCACUGGAAAUCCCACCUCACCAUGAAGAAUUAGGUUCUAGACCACCCACCCGCCAGUCUCAGUUCCCUAGUUUUGCUUACAUAACUGGCCAGAAGAGUUUGACAAGCACAGAGAUCAUGAGAAUUCAAAGAGAGACAGACUUUCUCAAGUGUGCCCACUGCCUGGCCCCCCGCCCAUCUGACCCCUUUGCUCGCUUCUGUCAAGAAUGUGGCUCUCUUGUCCCACCCAUAUUUGGCUGUCGUCUCCCACCCCCAGAAGGAGCUCAGAUGGGUUUGUGUGCAGAGUGCGGAAACAUGGUACCCAUGAACACUCCCAUCUGUGUGGUGUGUGAGGCCUCUCUUACCCUACAGCCGCAGCCACAGGCCAGCCUCCACUUGAAGGAGAAAGUAGUCUGCCGCACCUGUGGCACAGGGAAUCCAGCUCACCUGAAAUAUUGUGUCACCUGUGAGGGGGCCCUGCCUUCAUCUCAGGAGCGCAUGUGUGGUGGAGAGAAACCCCCUUCUCCACCCACUCAUAAAGGGGAGACCAUUUCCUGCUCCAAGUGUGGUCGCAGGAAUCGCAGGGAAGCUUGCUUCUGUGACUGGUGUGGAGCCAAGCCAGGCAUCUCUGUUUGCUACUCUGUUUGCCCCAAAUGUGGGGCCAGCAAUCACCCAUCUGCCCAAUUCUGUGGUUCCUGUGGUAUUUAUGUGACAUCCUUGGCAAGACUUAGCCUGGACAACAGCCUGGCCCUAGCCACUGGAGGACUUAGCCCUUUUCCUCAGCCCCGAUCUGCCUGGCAGUCCCUAAAUGUUCCUUUACCCAGACCUGAUGCUGGGACUCGGAAGGAUGUGGGCACACAGACCACUGGCCUGUUCUACCCAUCUGGCACGCUACUAGCCAAAAAGGAACAGGAAAUGGCUUCUCAGAAGCAGAGGCAGAAGAUGAGCGACCAUAAACCUCUCCUCACAGCCAUCAGUCCAGGAAGAGGAUACUGGAGAAAACAGUUGGAUCAUAUCUCUGCCCACCUCAGGUCUUAUGCUCAGAACAACCCUGAAUUCCGGGCCUUGAUCGCAGAACCCAGAAUGGGAAAGCUCAUCUCCGCUACUGUCCAUGAAGAUGGCUAUCAAGUUAGCAUCCGGCUGAAUUAUAUUCAAGUAUCCAACAAGAACCUUUACCUCAGCAAGGCAGUGGAUUUCAGCAACCACUUUCUGAGCAGUGUCACCGAGGGUGGUGAUGGGCCAUUUGGCAGCAGGUCCAGCUUGGUGAGUGACUACAGUCAGAGCACCUCAGAUACCACUGAAAAAGUCAAGAGGACAAAGAAUUUCAAGACCAAAAAAUUUCAAGAAAAGGAGCCGCUCACACCUGAAAACCGUCUCCUGCUGAAGGAAGUUGGACCGACAGGGGAAGGGAGAGUCUCUGUGGUUGAACAGCUACUCGAGGAGGGAGCAGAUCCCAACUGCAGGGAUGGCGAAGAGCAACCCGUGAUAACCAAGGCCAUUGUGAACAAGCACCAUGAAGUGAUUCCAGUCCUUGUGCAGAGAGGAGCAGACACGGAGCAGUGCUGGGGCCCAUUUUGAACUGAUGCUUACAUCUGAUGAGUCCCAGGCUUAUGAGAAGUCCAGUUGAGAGGAGGAAACUGCUCUGGACAUGGAACAGAGUUCCCAUUUUUCCUUGGUGUUCCUCAGUGCCCUUUCUUACCUCCUUACCAUUCUAUAAAUUGACAUUUACCUACACGUGAUCUAACUCUACGGUUGUACCAUGUGUCUAAACGGCAGGUAAUAGCCCGUUGUCACUCCCACUGUGUUAGCAUGGUUAGCAGAAUCUAGCUCACGUGGAGGGGGAGGGAGGAAAGCCAGACCAGAGCUCUCCCUCAAAGUAGCGCACAGAGAUUCUUCUUCUACUUUAGUUUUUGCCACUAGGAGAUAGCAGAUUUUUCCACCGAGAGCCAGCUCUGCUAAGUCUGCUUUCUAUUUGUUAGUUUGAAGUGUUUAGACCUGGGUCUGCCUGGCCUUUAUCCCUUGGCUAGACCUCUGUAGAUCCAGUAACAUGACCUCAAGGCUCCAUCCAUCCUGCUGCUCUUCAGGCGCAAUCCAUCCAGAGAUCUGGCUUUCCUAUAAAAGAGGUUCAGUGAAUUGUUCCUUAGCAAACAAGGAUUAAACAACUCUUCCUUCCCCCACUCCCAGCUUGUUUGACUAGUAGAGAGAAGCAGCCUAGGCAGUCUCUACACCAGGUAACUUCUGUUCAGUGGCUUGACAGGUAGCAGAAAGCCCCUCCCAGUAUUUCUGUUUCCAGUGUUUGUCUCUUUGCUACCAGAAUACACUCAUAUCCAACCCAAGGAGAUGGCUAAGGAGAGGUGCACAUCCUCCAUCAAAGCUGAUUCCUCGGGGCGCCUGGGUGGCUCAGUUUUUAAGUGUCUGCCUUCAGCUCAGGUCCUGAUCC